UCCUUUCAGUUUCUGACAGCUGCAAGAACAACUCUUCGUUCCAAACUAGCUCUCCUAAAUUCCCGUUGUUCGGGUGGGUGUCUAUAUUUAGCCGGCGGGAUUAAGUGGAAGGCUGGAAGCUGGGCAGAGCACCCCGAUCUGCCUUUUGACAGCUAGACCUGUGUGUGUAAGGAGCUCAGUGUUCGCUUCCUCACCCAGGUCUCUCCCAAAAUGGAUUCCCAGCGGGAACUCGCAGAGGAACUGCGGCUUUACCAGUCCACCCUGCUGCAGGAUGGGCUCAGAGAUCUCCUGGAUGAGAAAAAGUUCAUCGAUUGCACCCUGAAGGCAGGUGACAAGAGCCUCCCUUGCCACAGACUGAUUCUGUCGGCCUGUAGCCCUUACUUCCGUGAGCAUUUUCUAUCCGACGUGGACGAGCAGAAGAAAAGGGAGGUGGUCCUGGACAACGUGGACCCUGCCACCCUGGACUUGAUCAUCCGGUACCUGUACUCCGCCAGCAUCGAUCUCAACGACGGCAACGUGCAGGAUAUCUUUGCGCUGGCCAGCCGCUUCCAGAUCCCGUCGGUGUUCACCGUGUGUGUCUCCUACCUCCAGAAAAGACUCGCUCUUGGGAACUGCUUAGCCAUCCUGAGACUGGGACUUCUCCUGGACUGCCCACGGCUGGCCAUUUCUGCCCGGGAGUUUGUGUCUGACCACUUCCUUCAGAUCUGCAAGGAAGAGGACUUCAUGCAGCUUUCCGCGCAGGAGCUGAUCUCGGUCCUGUCCAACGACAGCCUGAACGUAGAAAAGGAAGAAGCGGUGUUCGAGGCCGUGAUGAGAUGGGUGCGGACGGACAAAGAAAACAAGGUUAAGAACCUUAAUGAGGUGUUUGAUUGCAUCCGCUUCCGCCUGAUGUCCGAGAAGUAUUUUAAAGAGCAUGUGGAGAAAGAUGAUCUCAUUAAAAGCAACCCCGACCUCCAGAAAAAAAUCAAAGUUCUGAAAGAUGCCUUUGCUGGGAAGCUCCCAGAACCGAGCAAAAAUGCAGAGAAGACAGGGACUGGUGAAGUGAAUGGGGACGUUGGCGAUGAAGACCUACUUCCCGGUUACCUAAAUGACAUUCCCAGACACGGGAUGUUUGUCAAAGACCUCAUCCUGUUGGUGAACGACACAGCUGCAGUAGCUUAUGAUCCCACGGAGAACGAAUGCUACCUUACCGCCCUGGCUGAGCAGAUCCCCAGAAACCAUUCCAGCGUCGUUACCCAACAAAACCAGGUGUAUGUGGUAGGAGGGCUCUACGUAGACGAAGAAAAUAAGGAUCAACCUCUACAGUCUUACUUCUUCCAGCUUGACAACAUAGCAUCUGAGUGGGUCGGACUUCCUCCUCUGCCUUCAGCCAGGUGUCUCUUCGGUCUGGGAGAGGUAGAUGACAAAAUCUAUGUCGUUGCCGGCAAAGACCUGCAAACAGAGGCUUCGCUGGACUCAGUGUUAUGCUACGAUCCUGUGGCUGUCAAAUGGAAUGAAGUGAAGAAACUCCCUCUAAAAGUCUAUGGUCAUAAUGUAAUUUCACACAAAGGGAUGAUAUAUUGCCUAGGAGGAAAGACAGAUGACAAAAAGUGCACAAACCGGAUGCUGAUCUACAACCCCAAAAAGGGGGACUGGAAAGAUCUGGCUCCCAUGAAAAUCCCCCGCUCCAUGUUUGGUGUGGCAAUCCACAAAGGCAAAAUUGUGAUCGCAGGAGGGGUCACGGAAGAUGGCCUUUCCGCUUCAGUGGAAGCGUUUGACCUCUCAACCAACAAAUGGGAAGUAAUGCCUGAAUUCCCUCAAGAAAGGAGCUCCAUCAGCUUAGUCAGCCUGUCUGGAUCCCUGUAUGCCAUCGGGGGCUUUGCCAUGAUUCAGCUGGAGUCGAAAGAGUUUGCCCCCACUGAAGUCAAUGACAUAUGGAAGUAUGAAGAUGAUAAAAAAGAAUGGGCCGGGAUGCUGAAAGAAAUCCGCUAUGCUUCCGGAGCUAGUUGCCUAGCAACACGUUUAAACCUCUUCAAGCUGUCUAAAUUAUAGACAAGAAGGUGACAAAACAUAAUAGAUUGGGAGGUGGUUUAUUUGGAAAACAGCUUUAAUUUAUUCUGCUGUUGUUUUGUUAAGCCUGUACAGCGAUUUAUUUAGAAAUCUAUUAUUCACUAAGGUCUACAAGGCUAGCAAUGGGUGUCAGCACUUCAAAGUCAGUUAAUCUGCAAUGUAUGUUCAGAGCUUUAAAGGGUUUCUGAUAAGUCAACAUUGCAGUGAACAAAUUAUUUAUUGUGUUAAUAUGUUUCAAUCAAUUAUAAAGUAGGUCCUAAAUUUACACUGUUACUAAUCCCAUAAUUUGCAUUGUUAGGGUACACUCAUUUUCUGUAACAAAUGAAAUGGAAGCGUGAACCAUGUGCACCUGCAUCUGAAAAAGAAUACUGUUAAAAAUGUCAAACGCCUUCUCUAAUGCUUCAAGCUACAAUAGAAACCCUGUGCAUUUUAGUGAAGAAGAUUACUGCCAAGAGAAGACUUUGGAAAUGGUAUCUAAGGAGUGGAAUAAAUAGGAGCAUAAUUUUCUCAUCUGGAGAAGAACAUUCUCUAAGUAAAAUAUCAACAUCAA